CCUAGGCAACUACGAAUCUGCUUCCUAAUCCCGCAAACACAAUGAAUGAAAGAAGGGGAUGGAAGUUUGGGAACUGAAAUCCGGAGAGUGUGUACGGCUGGAAGUUUGAGCAAGUUUGACGUUAUUCGAGGACAGUCGGAGAUUCGAGUUCUGCUCUCUGUUGAGGGGGGUUCCUCCCCCUAACUUGCGUUUCAGUCUGGCGCUCGGCAGCGAGAGUCCUUUAAUGUAUCGGUAGCUCUCAGACCUCGUCCAACCUUCGACGGAUUCUGGUCUGAACAAGAACUCGCCGCUUCCGAAGGAACUUGCAGGGAAUCUGGCUCCUGGGCGAGAAGGAUUCUAAACUGCGGAGUGACCAUGGCGAGGAAGUCCGGGCUGGAAGGAUGCCUUUUGCUGGCUGUCUUACUUAUGUUCAGCGCUGCAUCGCGGGCACAAGAUGAUGUGCCGCCUUAUUUCAAAACGGAGCCUAUUCGCUCACAGAUCCACUUGGAGGGAAACCGUUUAGUCCUGACGUGCAUGGCUGAAGGGAGCUGGCCUUUAGAGUUCAAAUGGUUGUAUAAUGAUACGGAGUUGACACGUUUCUCUCUGGAGUACAGGUACCUGAUUCCGUCACUGGAUCGGACCCAUGCCGGGUUUUACCGCUGCAUCGUGAGAAAUCGUGUGGGAGCGCUGAUGCAAAGGAAGACAGAAGUGCAGGUGGCAUAUAUGGCAGACUUUGAGAGUGGCGAAAAACAUCUGAGAGUCUCCCAAGGAAAUGCUGCAGUUAUCAGGGCACCAAGAAUUUCCAGCUUCCCUCAACCCCAAGUUACAUGGUUCAGAGAUGGACGGAAAAUCUCACCCAGCAGUCGAAUAGCUAUUACAAUGGACAACACGCUUGUCAUCCUGUCCACAGUCGCUCCUGACACAGGACGGUACUACGUGCAGGCAGUAAAUGACAGAAACGGAGAAAACAAAACCAGCCAGCCCAUUACCUUGACUGUAGAAAAUACAGGUGCUCCAGCAGACCCCAUAGCUCCAGUUAUAAUUAUCUCACCAAAGAACACAAGUGUAGUCUUGGGAUCUCCUGAGGUUACAAUGGAAUGUGUGGCCAAUGCCAGGCCACUAAUUAAGCUAAAUAUUAGCUGGAAGAAGGAUGGUGUACCGCUGAGAAGUGGACUUAGUGACCAUCACCGGAAACUGACGAUUUUCAACCUGAAAGCGCGUGAUGCUGGCUACUAUGAAUGCGAAGCCGUUCUACGAAGCAGCAGUGUUCCAUCAGUCAGCGCAGGGGCCUACUUGUUUGUGUUGGAACACCCACAGCUGGUUCUGGAACCUGAACGUCACAUCACAGCCGAAAUAGAGAAAGUGGUGGAUAUUCCUUGUCAGGCGCAAGGUGUUCCGGCACCAGUGGUGAAUUGGUACAAAGAUGCAACACUGAUUACAAGGUUAGCUGUCCCCAGAUACAGAGUGCUGUCCAAUGGCAGCCUGCAGAUCAAUGGACUGAUCCCUGAUGACACUGGCAUGUUCCAGUGCUUUGCUAGAAACGAUGCAGGCGAGGUGCAAACAUUCACUUAUCUUGCAGUUACCAGUAUUCCUCCCAAUAUUACCAGGGGGCCUUCAGAUAGCACCGUGAUUGAUGGGCUGUCAGUCAUUCUGUCAUGUGAAACAUUGGGGGCACCGCGGCCAGCUAUCACCUGGCAGAGGGGAGAGAAAGUGCUUGCAAGUGGAUCUGUCCAGUUACCUCGUUUCACGUUGCUGGAAUCUGGCAGUCUUCUCAUCAGCCCAUCUCACAUCUCAGAUGCUGGGAGUUACACGUGCCUGGCCACAAAUUCUCGAGGAGUGGACGAGGCUUCAGGAGAUCUCAUUGUGUGGGCUCGCACGCGUAUCACAAAUCCCCCAGAGGAACAGAGUGUAAUUAAAGGGACCAUGGCUGUACUGACCUGUGGUGUGACCCAUGACCCUAAUGUGGCAAUCAGACACGUGUGGCAGAAGAAUGGGGCUGCAAUUGAUGUGGAUGCCAUUCCACGUAUGCGAAUUGAUGAAGUCGGAACGUUAUACAUCUCUCAGACCUGGUCAGGCGACAUUGGCUUAUACACCUGUAAAGUGCUGUCCGUAGGAGGGAAUGAUUCUCGCAGUGCUCAGGUCAGAGUCAGGCAGCUGCCCCAUGCCCCAGAAAACCUGGCUGCUCAUUUGAGCACCAGUGAAAAGAGAGCCAUUUCGUUGACUUGGGCAAAAGCUUUCGAUGGGAAUAGCCCCCUGCUUCACUACAUUUUGGAAGUGUCUGAAAACAAUUCCCCUUGGACAGUUCACCUGAUGAGUGUAAACCCUGAAUCUGUGGGACUGACUGUCAGGGGACUCAUUCCAGCCAGGUCCUACCAAUUCCGUAUUUGUGCCGUGAAUGAUGUUGGAAAGGGUCAGUACAGUCGAGAGACAGAGAGGUUAUCACUACCUGAAGAACCACCAAGUGCACCGCCACAAAAUGUCAUUGCAAGUGGCAGAACAAAUCAAUCCAUCAUGAUUCAAUGGCAGCCACCCCCAGAAAACCAACAGAAUGGAGCUCUGAAGGGUUACAUUAUCAGGUACUGCUUAGCAGGAUUACCUGUGGAGCAUCAGUACAAGAAUAUCACCAGUUCUGAUGUUAAUAAUUUCCUCCUUGAAGACCUUAUCAUCUGGACCAAUUAUGAGAUUGCGGUGGCAUCGUACAAUGGGGCUGGUUUGGGAAUCUACAGCCCGACAGUCACCGAGUGGACCCUGCAAGGGGUUCCUACAGUGCCUCCAGGAAAUGUGCAUGCCGAAGCCAUUAAUUCCACAACUAUUCGAUUCACAUGGACACCACCCAGUCCUCAGUUUAUUAAUGGAAUAAACCAAGGUUACAAGCUGUUGGCCUGGGAGCCAGGUCAAAUGGAAGAGUUCACUAUGGUGACAGUCCGGCCAAAUUUCCAGGAUAUGGUUCAUGUUGGUUACAUCCGAGGCUUGAAGAAGUUCGCAGAUUAUUACACUUCAGUGCUGUGCUUCACAACUCCAGGUGAUGGUCCGAGAAGUCCACCCAAACUUGUGCGCACUCAUGAAGAUUACCCUGGUCCAAUCGGACAUCUCAGUUUCACAGAGAUCCUGGACACUUCGUUGAAAGUAAGCUGGAGAGAGCCACAUGAAAAGAAUGGGAUUCUCACAGGUUACCGAAUCUCAUGGGAGGAGUACAAUCGCACGAACACACGUGUGACACAUUAUCUGCCAAACGACACACUGGACUACCGUGUCACUGGGCUGACUGCUCUCACUACAUAUACCAUUGAGGUAGCAGCCAUGACGUCUAAGGGGCAGGGCCAAACCUCCUCCUCCACCAUUUCCUCAGGGGUUCCUCCAGAAUUACCGGGCUCCCCCACAAACUUAGCCAUUUCAAAUAUUGGCCCCCGUUCAGUAACUCUUCAGUUUAGACCUGGCUAUGAUGGUAAAACCUCCAUUUCUCGAUGGUUGGUGGAAGCUCAGAUUGGUGUGAUAGGCGAGCAUGAAGAGUGGCAUCUCGUUCAUCAGCUGGUCAAUGAACCUGACGCUCGCUCACUGGAAGUCCCCCAUCUCAAUCCGUACACACAUUACAGAUUUCGCAUGCGCCAGGUCAACAUUGUCGGAAUAAGUCUGCCAAGUCAGUUGUCACGCAAAAUCCAGACCCUCCAGGCACCACCUGACAUGGCUCCUGCCAACGUCACCCUGCGCACAGCAAGUGAGACAAGUCUCUGGCUCCGUUGGGUGCCACUGCCGGAAUCCGAGUACAAUGGCAAUCAGGAAUCAGUUGGAUACAAAAUAAAAUACGGGAAGUCAGAUGGAAAUGGAUCCACACUCACACACGUUAUCCAUGACCGAAUUGAGCGGGAGUUUACUAUCGAAGAUCUCGAAGAGUGGACUGAAUACAGGGUGCAAGUGCAAGCAUUCAAUGCUAUAGGCUCAGGACCAUGGAGUAAAGAAGUCAAGGGUCGCACGAGAGAAUCUGUUCCUUCCUCAGGACCGACAAAUGUCUCUUCCCUUGCUCUCAACUCAAACAGUAUCUUGGUCAAGUGGAACGAGGUUCCACAACAGAAUCGUAAUGGACUCGUCCUUGGCUAUAAGGUCCUUUACAAGGAGAAGGACUUGGAAGUUCCUAUGAAGUUCAAGACCAUUGAAGGCAACACUACACACGCUGUUCAACUUACUGACUUAGGGAAGUUUGUGCUGUAUGAGAUCCAAGUCCUUGCUUUUACCAGAAUUGGAGAUGGAAUGCCAAGCUUCCCACCCAUUCUUAAGAGAACCCUGGAUGAUGUGCCUGGACCUCCCGUGGGGAUUCUGUUUCCAGAGGUUCGAACAACAUCUGUGCGUUUAGUUUGGCAGCCUCCAACAGAACCUAAUGGGAUCAUUCUGGCUUACCAAGUGACCUAUCGAUUAAAUACAAGUAGCACAAACACCGCCACCGUUGAUGUGUUGAACGCAAGUGCCCGCCAGUAUACAGCUAUCGGACUAAAGCCAGAAUGCAGUUAUGUUUUCCGCAUUACAGCUCAGACUCGUAAAGGUUGGGGCGAAGCAGCAGAAGCCUUGGUGGUAACAACAGAAAAGAGAGCUCACCCGCAACCUCCCAGCAAACCUGUCAUACAACAGCAGGAUGUGCAGUCACGCAGUGUGCUGUUGUCGUGGGAACCAGGCAGUGAUGGGCUAUCUCCAGUUCGAUACUACACCAUCCAAACUCUGGAGUUACCCAAUGGAAACUGGUCGCUUCACUCGGCUUCUGUCAGCCAUGAGUCUAUCACAUAUCUUGUAGAGAGACUUAAACCUUUCACCUCUUACAAAUUCCGUGUGAAAGCGACUAAUGACAUUGGCGACAGUGAAUAUAGUGAGGAGUCUGAUUCUGUCACUACGCUGCAGGCAGCUCCAGAUGAGGCACCGGAAAUUCUCUCCGUGACACCACACACUACAACCUCUGUAAUGAUUCGCUGGCAGCCACCAGCAGAAGAGAAAAUUAAUGGAAUACUUUUAGGAUAUCGGAUUCGCUACCGAGAACUAGUUUAUGAUAACUACAGAAGUUUUACCCUUCGAACUGUGGGUAAUCCCAGUGCUAAAUGGUCUGAACUAACACCAGUGUAUCAUGUUCGGAACCUGAGUGAUUCUUCACUAGCACAAUAUGAGCUGGACAAACUGAGCAAGCACAAGCGCUAUGAGAUCCGAAUGAGUGUGUACAAUGCAGUAGGGGAAGGGCCAACCAGCCCUCCUCAAGAAGUGUUUGUGGGUGAGGCAGUUCCCACUGCACCAGCCCAAAACGUGCAGGUGCAGGGCUCAACAGCGACGCAGUUGGACGUGACCUGGGAACCACCCCCACCGGAAGCACAGAAUGGUGACAUGCAAGGCUAUAAGAUUUAUUACUGGGAGUUCCAGCGACAGGCUGAGACAGAAAAAUUGAAGACACUCUUCCUCCCCGAAACCAAUGUUAAAUUGAAGAACCUGACUGGGUACACCACCUACUUGAUCAGUGUGAGUGCCUUUAAUGCUGCGGGUGACGGUCCUAGAAGUACUCCGAUCAGGGGUCGGACACAGCAGGCAGCUCCGAGUGCUCCAAGCUACAUUCGAUUCAGUGAAUUGACAACGACCUCUGUGAACGUGUCCUGGGGAGAACCGAAGUAUCCAAAUGGAAUAAUUGAAGGAUAUCAACUAGUUUAUGAGCCCUGCACACCUGUUGACGGUGUGAGUAAGAUUGUGACUGUGGACGUGAAGGGAAGCAGUCCCCGUUGGAUGAAAAUAAAAGACCUGUCAGAUGGUGUGACUUAUGCUUACCGAAUCAAAGCUAAAACAUUCACAUAUGGACCAGAAAUUGAGGCAAAUAUUACCACUGGACCAGGAGAAGGUUCUCCAGGCCCCCCAGGUGAGCCAUUGAUCUACAGGUACGGUUCCGUCAUUACUAUUCAUUGGUCCAGUGGAGACUCCGGAAAAGCACCCAUCAGUCGAUAUGUCAUUGAGGCCAGACCAUCAGAUGAAGGUCUAUGGGAUAUUCUAAUUAAGGAUGUUCCUAAAGAAGUGACAUCAUACACCUUCAGCAUGGACAUCCUGAAACAAGGUGUGAGCUAUGAUUUCCGAGUAAUAGCAGUAAAUGACUAUGGAUAUGGAACACCAAGUUCCCCUUCUCCGUCUGUUUCAGCCCAGAAUGCAACCCCAUUUUAUGAGGAGUGGUGGUUCCUGGUGGUAAUUGCCCUAGUUGGACUCAUCUUUAUCCUUCUGCUGGUGUUUGUACUGAUAAUCCGCGGACAGAGCAAAAAAUACACCAAGAAGACAGACUCCGGAAAUAACACAAAAGCAGGCACAAUGGCUCAUGAAGAAAUCUUGAGCUUAGACAAUGGACGAUUCCCUGCGCUGGAACUCAACAACAGGCGUCUUUCAGUGAAGAAUUCCUUCUGUAGAAAGAAUGGUAUCUACAACAGAUCGCCGCCACGGCCAAGUCCUGGUAGUCUCCAUUACUCAGAUGAGGAUAUCAGCACAAAAUACAAUGAUCUAAUCCCAGCAGAGAGCAGCAGUCUAACCGAGAAACCCUCUGAAAUGUCAGACUCUCAGGGCAGUGACAGUGAUUGUGAAGUCGAUCAGAACAGACCUAAGACACAUUCUUUUGUUAAUCACUACAUAAGUGAUCCGACAUAUUACAAUUCAUGGAGACGGCAGCAGAAAGGCAUCUCAAGAAUUCAAGCCUACAGUUACACAGAGAGUGAAUCAGGUGAUCCAGCUCAUAGCCACCAAUCUGCUGCUAAUUCAACCAACAACAUCCAUGUUCCUCAACAAGGCAGCCUGUACCGAGUUAAGAGAAGUCUUACACCCACUCCCCAGCAUCAUUCCAACAGUAGCAGCCAGCCAGGUACCCUGUAUCGACCUGCCAGCAGCCUUGCUCCAGGAUCUAGAACACCACUAGCAGGAUUUUCUUCUUUUGUUUAAAUAACGCAAGAAGAAGUUGUUUGUUAGUUUUGAAGAGUUAUUGUGUGGAAGACAAUCAGUAGUAUGCUGUUUGCAGCCUUGCACAGAUUUUAUUUGGAGAUGUACAACACAACUGAAUGGAAAUGAACCUUUACAAGAGGAUCCAGGGAAACGUUCCUGCCAUGGCUAACGGAGAAAGAGCUCUUAAACAUUUGCAAACUAAGUGGAGGGUCAGACAGCCACCCACAGAACUAGUCAUUCUACCUAAUGGGCUUAGAUUCUGUUUGGUUGAAAAGUAUAUGAGUCCCAUGUAUGAUUAUACAUGUGAGAGAUAAAUAUAAUCUGAUGUUAUAGUAGCCAAUUGCCAAGUCAAAAAAUCUAGUGGCUAUUGUUAAUUUCAGUGUGCCCAUUUUAUAUAAAACUGAUUGAAUUUAGUUGCAUUCUUGGCUAUGCAACUAUUCUGAUUGGCGAGUUUUUAACUUCAUUACUGCUGCAUGACUGCUACGGUGUGAGUCCCCAAUUAGCUAGUUAUCUGCGCUUUCUAAUAUUGUAGUGUUAAUAAUUUUGUCAUUUCUUUUAAAAUAUUUUCUUUGAACAAAUCUUCAGAUUCAUAUCUGAAGAUACGGAAGUAUGUCUGCCUUUUCUUUGUCUGUUGACUUGUGGUUGUAAUUCACGAAGACAAGAAAUGUUUGCAUGAAUCACAAGACAUUAUUGGCCAUGUGUUCGUAAAGUUAGUUACUGUGUUUUUUUUUAAUAGAGUUACAAAAUGCAGAAAGUAUUCCCUCAAAAAUAAAGCAAGACAUCUGUCCUUAGGUUUAAAAGCGAGAUAUCUAUGAAAUAUCCUAUCUGUAGAAGCUCAUGGGUGAAGGUUGUCAGUAGAUUUUCUUCCACAAUAAUAACUGCUAUCAGGAUAAGGUAUUUAUUCAUUCCAAUAGCAUAAGUCACAAAUGUUUACUGUUUGCUAGUUGGGAAAUGGUUGCAUAUACUAUUAAAUUCAAUCUAGUUUACAACAGAUCUCUCAUAUUAUAUUAUUAAAAUUCAAAAGUAGUUUAGGCACAUUUCGUUAAAUCCUGUCAUCAGUCUCAUGAAAAGCCCACUUAUGUGUAAGGAGUCAUAAUAAUUUUGCUAUUCCUCUUAAUUUCUUCUGCAUAGUUAUUUUGCUGUGAUGUAAAGAAUAACAAUGCCAUAUAGGGCUACUAUACAAACUUUAAAGAAAGGUAAAGUCACAGAAUAUAUGUAGGGAUAUUGAAUUGCCAAAAAGAACAAUGGUGGUCGAGCUGUAAGCAGCCAAAUAGCAGUGAUGUGGGUCAUUCUUCCAAACAUAGUUCCUGUAAUUGUAGAAGCCAUUGGCAGUGGCCAUUUUGCUUUUCCAGCAGUUCUUAGCAACUUCAAUCCAAAGCAAUUCAUUCAGCAGGAGAAAGACAUUUGAAUUCCCAGGGUACAAAAAAUUUAUAAGCCACUUAUACUGAACUUUUAAAAAUUGGAUGUAAUGUGGCCAUGUUAAAUUCUGCCCUUUCGCUCAUCAUUUUUUUAAAAAAAUGUAUUUUAUUUUCUCAUUUUCCCACUUCACAGGCUUUUGUGAAAAACACUAUAUUGCAGCUCAGAAUGACCAUAUUGGCUAGCUUGCAUAGUACUUAUUUUGUAAGCAAGAUUGAUGUCACAGAAGCAACUAAUCACUUCCAAAUCCAAACUGAAGUUGAUUUGUAUUAACAGAGGAAUAUAUAUUAUCAUUAAAUACCAAGAGAAUAUUCUCUUGCAUGGUAUUUUGUGACCUGAGGGUGAGUUGCAGUCCUCAGGUCAGAACAUAGUCAUUUGUAUCAAAUUGAUGUUUAUUAUUAAAGAACUACAGGAAAACAGAUUGAUGGUUUUAAUAUACUCAUAUUGGAAAACUUUUUGAUGUGAUCCUAGUGCAAAGUGAUUUUCCUUCCUUCUGAAACCAAAUCAAUAAAACAGAAAUAUAACACAUUCUGUACAACUGAAUCGCAGUUCAUCUUACUGCAAAAUUCAAAGAUAUUUCCUGUUCCUGUUCCGGUUUGCAAUACUUCAUUAUGGAAUAAAGAUACCAGGCAUGGAACUGAUAUUGGCGAUCACCUCUCUAUUGUGAAAAACUACCAUUUAUCCCCAAACUGAAUUAAUAAUCCUUAUACCACCAUGCAUCACUCAAAGUCAGUACUAAAGCCGAUCAUUUUACAGAACUGUCUGAAGUGUAUCAUCACAGUGGAGAUGCCAGACUGAAGCUAUAGGGAGAGGAAUGGCUCGCAUUUUUAAACAUGCCAAGUUCCUUCGUGGUCAUUAAAAUACUUUCCAAGUAUAGUUACUGUGGAUAUGUAGAAAAUUUGGCAGUCAAUUUACACAUGCAAAUUACUCCAAACAAAAGCUCUGUGAUAACGACGGAUAAUCUAUUUUAGUAAUGUCGACUAAAGUAUAAUUACAGACCAGGCCAUGCAUUGUUUUAGCAUCAUCGAUUUAAUGUUUUUACCGAAGUAUGGUAACAUCAGCAAUUCAGCAAUUCCUCAGUGCAUUGGAGCCUUUGCAUUAGUUUGUAUAUGGAGUUGGACACGAACCUGUAGCUUUCAAACUUAAUGUUAAUAUAUGAGCCAAGGCUGAAAAUAAUGUAAAAAUAAAUGUCUUUUAGUCCACAAGACACAAGGACAGAAGUAGGCUAUUCAGCUCAUCAGGUCUGCUCUGCCAUUCCAUUAUGGCUGAUUUAUUUUCCUUCUCAAUCAUCUUUUUCUGCCUUCUCCCUGUAGUCUUUGAUGGCCUUACUAAUCAAGAAACUAUCAAGCUCCACUUUAAAUAUACCCAACGAGUUGCCUUCCACAGCCAUCUCUGGCAAUGAGUUCCACAGACUCACCACCUUCUAGCUAAAGAAAUUUCUCCUCUUCUCUGUUCUAAAGGGACAUCCUCAUAUUCUGAGGCUGUGCCCUCUAGUCCCAAAUUCCCCCAUGAUUGGAAACAUCCACUGCAUGUCUAUUCUAUUCAGGCCCUUCAAUAUUCAGUAGGUUUCAAUGAGAUACCCCCUCAUUCUUCUAAACUCCAGUGAGUACAGGCCCAGAUCAAACCAUAGGCUCUUGCUUAGCAGUCUCAUGUGCAGCACUUUUUCAAAGGCCGUCUGAAAAUCCAAGUACACAACAUCCACUGAUUUUCUUUUGUCUAUCCUGCCUGUUAAUUGUCUCAAAGAAUUCCAACAGAUUUUCAUUGCUGGGAUCAUUCUCACGAACUUCCCCCUGAACCUCUUCAAUGCCACACAUUCUUUCAAUAUGGGGCUCAAAACAGCUCACAAAACCUAAAUACGGUCUGACCAAUGUACUUCGGUAGAAGAAAUGAAAACGUUGACGGUUUCUAAAUGGAGAGAAAAUACUAAACACUGAGGUGCAAAGGAACUUGGGAGUCCUUGUGCAGGAUUCGCUAAUGGUUAAUUUGCUGGUUAAAUCUGGUGAGGAAGGCAAAUGCAAUGUUAGCAUUCAUUUCAAGAGGACUAGAAUAUAGAAGCAAGGAUGUAAUGUUGAGACUUCAUAAAGCACUGGUGAGGCCUCACUUGGAGUAUUGUGAGCAGUUUUGGGCCCCUUAGAAGCGGUUGAAUGGCUUAUGAAGAGGGUUUGUUCACUCUAGUCCUGUAUUCACUGGAAUUCAGGAGAAUGAAGAGUGAUCUCAUUGAAAGCUCUCAAAUGGUAAAGUGGAUGUGGAGAGGAUGUUUCCUAUGGUGGAAGAGUCCAAGACCAGAGGACACAGCCUCCGAAUAGAGGGGCGUCCAUUUAGAACGGCGAUGAGGAGGAAUUUCUUUAGCCAGAGAGUGGUGAAUCUGUGGAAUUUGUUGCCACAGGCAGCUAUGGAGGCCAAGUCUUUAUGUAUAUUUAAGGCAGAGGUUUAUAGAUCCGUGAUUGGUCGGGGCAUGAAGGGAUAUGGGAAGAAGGCAGGAGGAUGGCAUAGAGGAAAAUUGGAUCAGCCAUAAUGAAAUGGCAGAGCAGACUCGAUCGGCCAAAUGACCUAAUUCGGCUCCGAUGUUUUAUGGUCUUGUAAAGCCUUAGCAUUACAUUCUUUUUUUAUUAUUAUAUUCAUAUCCUCUUGAAAUGAAUGCUAACAUUGUGUUUGCCUUCCUUUUCACUGACUCAACCUGAAAGUUAACCCUUAAAGCAGGGGUUCCACAGACGCCUUGGUUAAUGGUAGGUGGCCACUGCAUAAUAAAGGUCGGGAAUUCCUGCUUUAGAGAAUCCUGCACUGGGAUUCCCAAGGCCCUUUGCACCUCCAAUUUCUGAAUAUGUUGCCUGUGAUGAAAAUAGUCUUUUUCUUUAUUCCUUCUACCAAAGUGUAUGGCCAUACACUUUCCUAAACUGUAUAUCAUCUGCAGCUUCUUUGCCCAUUCUGCUAAUCUGUCCAAGACCUUCUGUGGACUCCCUGUUUCAUCAACACUGCUAUUCCUUCACCUAGUUUGUAUUGUCUGCAAACUUGGCCACAAAGCCAUCAAUUCCAUUAUCCAGAUCAUUAACAUAUAACAUGAAAAGAAGCAGUUCCAACACCAGCCCUUGGCGAACACCACUAGCCACUGGCAGCCAACCAGAAAAGGCCUUUUUUGUUUCCACUUUUGUCUCCUGUCGUUUGGGCAAUCUUCCACCUGUGCUAGUAUUUGUGGGACUUUGUUUAGCGCCUUGUCAAAGGCCUUCUGAAAAUCCAAGUAAACUACAGCCACUGAUUCUUCUUUGUCUAUCCUGCCUGUUAUUUUCUCAAAGAGAUGUAAUGAGAUUUACAGGAAGGUGUUUCCUGCUUGGCAUUGUUGCCUGCUGCACCUCCAACAGUGGCCUUAGGUCAGCUGCAGGGUCAUCAGCCAGGGAUCACCAUUCAUUGAUGUUUCAUUCGCUUAGCCCCGAUACAUCUCCCGGUGGCGGAGCAGUGACAGGGACUUCUCCCUGACACCCGCUGCAGCUUUCAAUGGGGUUAGUUGGUCCCCCAAUUUCAGCCAAAACAUUGGUCGGGCAAGAUUUCCCCUCGAGGGAACCAUGCAGACUUAGUCAUUUUUCAUCAUAUGCAAGUACACAGAAACCUCAUUCUUAAUAAUUAAUGGAGAUGAUAAACCUCUGAAUAACUGCUGAUACUAAAUAAGACUUUACAAAACCAAAAGUUAUGUGGCCUCAGGAUAAAUUAAAAUAGGGCUGCUGCCUUACAGCUACUGAAACCCAGGUGUGAUUUUGACCUCUGAUGCUGUCCCUGUGGAUAUAGCACAUUCUCCCUAUGAUCAUGUGGAUUGCCUUCGGGUGCUCCAGCAUUCUCUCACUGGCCAAAGAUGUUGUUGGUAGAUUAUUUAGUUACUGUAAAUUUCCACUAUCGAAGUUAGGCAGCAGAAGAAUCGGAGGGAAGCAGUGCACUUCAUGGGGAUGUGAGGAAAAGUGGUAUUAAAAUAAAUGGGUGCUUGAUUAUCAGCAUAGCCUUCAUCAUUUUGUUUUAAAUUCAUGUUUCUUCAAAGAUAAUUAAAGAUUAUGAAAGAGUAUGUUGUUAAUUUUUAAAUUUAUUGCUGAAAUUGUCGUGGUUUUGUGAGGAUGCUAUUUACAUACAGAAAGGCAGAUACAUUUGUUACAAUUUUAGGUGAUCAUCAGAAAAGUAAUUUUAGGUAAUGAUUACAUCUUAGUUACAAAAAGGUUGAGGACUAUAGUGCAAAAUGGAAACAUAGAAAUUAAGAGGUUGAAGUUAGAUUUUCAAAACCUAAUAGAUGUGCAUAGGAAAGAUAGAGUGAGAGAAAUAAGAUUUUCUGCGGGUUUGAGAUGCCAGAAAGACUGUGUAGAGCAGGAAGCUGAGGAGUGAGCCCGCAAUUAGAAGCCUAGAUUUUGCAGUCAGCAGCAAAGCUUCAUUAUUACCAAAUGGUCACCCACUGCUAUUUGAAACUAAUAGUUCUUGGAGAUCCAACUCAGCACAAUAUCCACUUCAGAUUUGUGACCAAUAUGACUGAAGAAUCCUCUCUUUUACUCACAGAAUCCAAAACGAGGUAGGUAUAAAUUAGAACAGUUAACUUAAUGUAAAGUCAUGAAUGUAAAAUGAAUUAGAAGUAAAGAAAGGUGGAAUUGUCAGGAAAGGACAGAUGUAAAUAAGAGAGAGAUAAAUGAGGUACUGUAUGGCUAAACAGUUACUGACACGCUCCUAAAGAACAGGGUAGUAGGUUAAUUGGUCACAUGGGUUCAAUAGUGCCGUGCAGAGGGCCAGAAAGGCCUGCUACCAUGCUGGAUCUCAAAAUAAAUACAAGUUUUGAAGUACAUGUAAGUUUUAGAAGUUAGAAAUUCUAUAUUAUGUACUCUUAUAUCAACUUAUUGAAAAGUGGCACCAUCAGUCAUUAAAAUCAUUAUCAAUUUCAGAGUAAAUCAAGAGGAUGUGCCACAAUGACAAGCGGCAGCCCACUAAUCACCUGUCCCCUGAUUCACCCUUCCUCCCUCUCCCCACCACCAAACCACCCCCAGCACUCAAAGCAGUAUUCAUAGAAAAGAAUCACGUCACUUUUGGAGAAACUCCAAAGAAAUAAUGUUAAAGUUCAGAUAGUAGUUACUAAAGGCUCGGAUUGAUAUUGGGUUGUGUGACACAAUUUGAUUUACCAAUUUGGAUAAAUACAGAUAUGUCCAUUGCAGAGAAAGAAGGGCAUUGGUGCUACUGCCUUUGUCUUAUGUCCUUUCUAGUAAUCUGCAAAAGCUGCACAAAGCAAGUGUUAUUUGAAUAAAAUAUUUUCGGUAUUACUGAGUAUCUAGGUGCACAGAAAGUAGAUAGAUAAAUAUUUGAAGAGUGCAAUUUCAGUUUGAGAUGUUAGGCAAUGGAGCCGUACAUAUACUGGUCGAUCUUACAUUUCAAAAAUUUACAUACUUUGCAUGUGAAUUCCAGAGAGCCAAAUCA